AUGGGCGUGCCUUCUUUCUUUCGCUGGCUCAUGAAGCGCUAUCCCCACGUCGUUACCGACUGCGUGGAGGAGGAGCACAGCGGCGAUGACGACAUCAACAAGAAGCUGGGACCCAACCCCAACGGCAUGGAGUUCGACUCUCUCUUCCUCGACAUGAACGGCAUCAUCCACCGCGCCACCCACCCCGAGGACGGGCCGGCGCCCGAGAGCGAGGAGGCCAUGAUGGAGGUCAUGUUCGCCUUCAUCGAGCGCCUCGUCAACAUCGUGCGUCCGCGCAAGCUGCUCUACAUCGGCAUCGAUGGCGUGGCUCCUCGGGCCAAGAUGAACCAGCAGAGGUCGCGUCGGUUCCUGGCCGCCAAGCACAGGCUCGAGGAGGAGGCCAAGGCCAAGGCCGAGCCCGCCGACGGCGGCAAACAGCCCGCCAAGCCCAUCUUCGACCACAACGUGAUCACGCCCGGCACAGAGUUCAUGGCUCGCGCUGCCGAGGCCCUGCGCGCCCACUUUGCCAGGAAGAUCAGCGCCGACCCCAACUGGAGCCCGUUGGCGGUGAUCCUCUCCGACUCAUGCGUGCCGGGCGAGGGCGAGCACAAGAUCAUGGAGUUCAUUCGCCACCAGCGCAUCCAGGAGGGAUACAACCCCAACGCCCACAUGGCCGUCUAUGGCUUGGACGCGGACCUCAUCUUUUUGACGCUCGCACAGCACGAGCCGCGGUUCUCGAUCCUGCGGGAGGAGGUGUCGAGCGUGACGUGCUUCGUGUGCCACAAGGUGGGCCACAUCUCCACGGACUGCCCGCAGCUGCACCCGGAGGAGCACAAACACGACGACGACGACGAGGAGAAUGACGAGCAGCCGCCGGAGCUGCGAUUCCAGUGGGUCCACACGCAGGUGCUGCGCGAGUACCUGGACCGCGAGUUCCGCCACCUGUCCCUCUCCUUCCCCUACUCGCUCGAGCGCGUGAUCGACGACUUCAUCGUCAUCUGCUUCCUCGCCGGCAACGACUUCCUGCCCCGCCUCCCCAGCGUUGCGAUUCACGAGGGGGCCAUCGACACGUUGAUCGGGGCCUACAAGCACCACCUGCCCCAGCUCGACGGCUACAUCUGCACCAACGGCAACAUCGACUUCAGGCGACUGGAGCACGUGGUGGCGAUGGUGGCGGCGUCGGAGGAGGCGGUGCUGAAGGAGCGCAAGAAGAACUUCCGCCGCCGGCAGCUGCAGGAGAAGGCCCUCCUCAGGGAGCUGGCCCAACGCGAUGACGACGAUGGCGAUGAUGGUGACGAUGAUGAUGACGGCGGUCACCGCCGGGGCAAGGGCAAGGAGGCCGGGCACAAGCUGGUGCGGUACAAGCGCAAGGAGGGCAAGCGGUCGCGGGAGGACGAGGCUGGCGAGAUAGAGAAGGAGUGCCUAGACGAGGACGAAGAGGAGGAGGACCUCGUGCGCAUCGGCGAGCGCGGGUGGAGGGACCGCUACGUCAUGCAGAAGUUCGGCGUGCCCUCGGCCAACCGCGAGUUCUACCAAGGGGUGGUGCGGGCCUACGUGGAGGGUCUGCAGUGGGUGGCGCGGUACUACUGGCAGGGGUGCGUGUCGUGGAAGUGGUUCUACCCGUACCACUACCCGCCCAUGGCGACGAUGCUGGAGGACAUCGGCCGGUUCCGCAGCGCCGAGGUGGUGGCGUCGUUCCAGCUGGCCGAGCCCUUCCACCCGUUCGCCCAGCUCAUGGCCGUGCUCCCCGCCGCCAGCGCGCACGCUCUGCCGCCUCCCUGCCAGGCCCUCAUGACCUCGGCCCAGUCCCCCAUCGCCGACUACUACCCGACCAAGAUCGAAAUCGACAUGGACGGCGUGAGCCACAACCUGGAAUGGGCCGGCGUCGUGAAGCUGCCCUUCGUCGACGAGAACCGCCUGCUCGCCGUCAUCAAGCCGCUGGAGAGCCAGCUGACGGCCGAGGAGGUCCACCGUAACUCGUUCGGGCUGCCGCGCCUGCUGAUCGGUCCCGCCAGCCCGCUGCACCACGCGCUCACCGAGAAGCGGCAGCCCACCGGCGGCGGCGCGAUCGACGACACCCGGGUGACCAUGACCAUGGCCGACGGCGACGGCUUCCUGGCGGGCUCGCUCAGGGUAGUGGCGGGCGCGUACGGCAACGACGAGGUGCUGGCGUGCGACUACUCGCUCCCGCCCCACCAGGCCGGGCUCGAGUUCGCUUCGGGCCUGCUGCCCAACGUCACCCUGCCCGAGCCGUGCCUUCGCUCGCUCGAGGGACGCGAAGGCGAUGAUGACGACGAUGACGAAGACGACGGCGACGAGAAUGGUGGCGGUUACGAUGGGGCGGUGGUGGCCGAGGGCGAGGCGGGAGGAGAGGCCGCGGCGGCCGGCGCGGCGGUGAGCAUAUACCAGGAGACGGCGGAGAGGAACGCCACCACCAGCCGCACCGAGGCCGAGGCCGAGGCCAAGCCCACAGCCACGGUCAUGGCGGUGAGGGACACCAGCAGCAGCCCAGCCACCACCGCGCCCGUGGUGGGCACGAGGGUGGAGGCCACAAGCAUGGCGACUGGUAAGUCUCAGACAGAGGCGACUCUCGUGAGGCGGCGAUUGUAA